AUGACCAUUGGGUCAGCACUCAGUGCAGUCCUUGUAGACUUCCAGUCUGCUCGAGGAGAUGAUCCAUCAGUGCUCGGCUUGCGGAAUCUCGAAACAAAACGGGGGACAAUGAUCCCUGAUAACAUUCCAGACCUAUUCAUCAAGAAAGGAAAGGACCCCAAUGGUGCUCCUGUGGCUCAUUUUCACAAGAAGAAGGGCAUGCUACGAGCCGAGUAUCACUCUCUUAACAAAGAAACGAAGAAAGACAAGACCUAUGCCAUUCGCUAUGAGUUCUCCUUGGGGGCGAUUGAGCAAAGCCUGAGCAUCUGGCAAUUUAAGGAAUACCUCACAGAUAAUGCGGAGGAUGGCGGCGCCAAUGUCCCCCUGGCCCUGAAGUUUUCUCGCAGCAACCUCCAGCUCCAGUAUCAGCCUAAAUGGGACGCACCACGGCAGAUUCUAUGGCAAACUGCACCUAAACUCAACACCAAAUACCGUGCAGACUUCCUGAUUAAUACUGGUACCCCUGGCUGGGUUGAGUUUUCGUGGAAUGGGCAGGUUCAAAAACUUGGUACUCAGGGGGAAACUCGGUUUGCCGCAACCACGUUCCCUGGUCGAUCGGAUCCAAAGUUUGGCGCAUACCUGGCAGACAAUGUUGAUGUCGACUUUUAUGUUUAUAGAGUCCUUAUUCAAGAGAAGUAG